CUUCUCCUCUCUUGCAUCUGUAUGAAGUGAGGAAAUGUGCUGCUGGCAGCGCACGCACCCAGCUGAUCAUGUGACAUAGAAAUGACUCAAAGAUCAGGAAGCCAGCGCAGAAACUGACUUUGGUUUAAGCGUUAUAAGAGUAGCUCAAUGCUCUGCCAUGGACUAUCAACGUGGUGUACCCAAGGACCCAAACCAGCUUGCACAGACUAUCAGUUCCAAUAUACACAAGAUCACACAGCAAACAUCUGAGAUCCAGAGGAUUGUCAGUCAGCUAGGGUCACAACAGGACACCACUGAGCUGAGACAAACACUACAACAGAAGCAGCAAAAUGUCAACAAUCUUGCCAAAGAAACGGAUAAGUUUAUGAAAGAGUUUGGUUCCUUGCCGGUAACAACAGAGCAGCGCCAAAGAAAGAUCCAGAAGGACCGUCUCGUCAAUGAUUUCUCCAAUGCACUGGCACUUUUCCAAAGGACUCAGAGGGAGGCCGCACAGAAAGAGAAAGAGUUCGUCGCCAGAGUUCGUGCCAGCUCCCGGGUAUCGGGUGGUGCCACAGAUCAUGAAUUUGGAGGAAGUACUAAUCCUUUUGGGAGUGACAGUCAGACACAGAUCCAGGCAGAUGAGGAAGCCAUCACUGAGGAUGACCUGUGUCUCAUCCAGGAGAGAGAGCAGUCUAUACGACAGCUAGAGUCUGAUAUUACAGACAUCAAUGAAAUCUUUAAAGACCUGGGAAUGAUGGUCCAUGAGCAAGGAGACAUGAUUGAUAGCAUAGAGGCCAACGUUGAGAGCGCUGACCUCAAUGUCCAAUCCGCAACUCAGCAGUUGGCAAGGGCAGCAGACUAUCAGCGCAAGUCGAGGAAGAAGAUCUGCAUUCUGAUAGUCGUUCUGGUGAUUGUGGCUGUGAUUAUUGGUCUCAUCAUUUGGGGAGCCUUAAAAGGAUGAGGCCUUAAAAGGAUGAGGCCUUAAAGGAACGAGGCCAUUACCAGUCAACUGCUCUUGCUGACUGUGGAUCGUUCAGAGCCAUGCCCCCCCACCCCACCACCGACCCCCCACCCCCAGGGAGACUGCUGCUAUCAGGCAUGCUUCUUUCAACAUGGAUGUGGCACCUUUUUGAUUUAUUUUCAUCACUAAUGACACUUCACAACCCACAGUACUGUAAAUGCGUUCAAGAUCCAAACAAAGGGAUGCUCAUUUUAAUAAUGCGUUAAUUAUUAUAAUUUUUUUUUAGAUAACCUUUGAGGGGACAUUUCCAGUUUUUAGAUAUUUUAUAUAUUUUGACUUUGUAUAGUUAUGUAUGUUCUGAUGCCAAAUGCAGUAACAAAUGACCUAUCUAUGCAGAAACUUUAAUAAAAGCAUUCCCUUUUAGUCAUAUAAUCUUUAAUUAUUGUAAGUCAGAGGCAUUGUAAAGGCAUCUCUCUUAAAAUGCCAUUUAUGCUAUCACAGAUGUCCGCUCAUCAAUAUUGUAAAUUAAAAACUGUACUGAGAGAUUCAUUCAAA